UAUUUCUAUUUCUUGUGUGUUUUUGUUCUAUUUUAUAGUGCUAUAUAUUGAUGUUGAUUACUGCAUUGUUGGGAAAAGAGUUUGCAAGAAAGGCAUUUCACUGUACUCGUGCACGCGACAAUAAAACGUCAAACGUUAAUCUGCCUCUUUUCUUGCGGCAGGAGCCCAGCGAUAGAUGAACCAUGGUUGAUCCACUGGAGAACGGCUUGUUUGACAUUCCUGACAAUGACAACAUGGAUGAGACCUUCCCUCCUCUCCCUCCUCCCUUCUCACCAGGAGAGGGAGGAGAUCCCUUUACAGGUGAGGACAAUGACAACUAUAGCUCACAGUACCUAGCCUGCUUCCAGAUCUGGUUGUGCUGUUUUUGCAAACUGCUAUGGGUUGCUUGUCAUGCUUAUGAUCUGGGACCAGGCUACACACAAUACCCAACACAAACCUGUUGGCGGACUCUGUGAUAUGACAUCAUCACUAUAUACACAGCUGGGAGACUUGCUGCUUACAGACAAUCAAUGACAAUAUAUAAUGGGUAGAUAUGGUUUCCAUUGAUCUCAUGAUGGUUGUUCAGGGGAGGGCGACGGAGAGAUCUCCAAGUUGGCUGAAGUCCCUGCUGCCAAGAGGAGAGGCGUCAAGAGACCACAGCCUAAACUGGACUCUCAGAGGUAGGUGCGUAUUAGCCUGGAGGCCUGACCGUUGAAUUGUAUUGUAUUCCACGUCGGGCAUAAAUUAACGUUUGGAUCAGGAACGUUUCCUCUCACAACCUCUACAAGCCAGAAUGUUGAAUAAAAUGAUAUUGUCACAUACUUUACCGGUUGUCCGUGUGGUUAGAAACGUGAGACAAUAUAUCCACAGGAAAGUAUAAUUACGGCAACUUUUGGAAGCGCUGGUAGUGCGUUCAUAUUUCUAUCACCCGACGCAUGCGCAGAACCAUGUGAUCAGGUGCACCAGCUUGGCUAGUAUGCAUGUUUUCAUCUUGUGCGCUUGCUUCAGGUGAUAGAAAUAUGAAAGCCCAACCAGCGCUUUGAAAAGUUGUGUAAUUAUACUUUCCUGUGGAUAUAUUGAGUACGGUUACAUGCACACAAUAAUGUGAUUUAUUGUGGAUAGUCAGAUUAAUAUAAUAGUUUGAUUUUUAAAACGUUUACAUGCUUUUGUCAAAAAUAAUGAUUCCCCUAAUAAUCCUGUUUUUUAAAUGGACACAUCUGAAAUCAGGCUACCUGAUAGCACUCUGAUAAAUGCAGAAAAUCAUCAAUCAAAAUAAACGUUCUAUCACAGUCAACAUGUUAUUUUUGGGAAGCAUAUUUGAUUCUGAGUUCGGACGUGUAAAGUUUGUAUGUGAAAACUAUUUCCAAGACCCAUACAUUCAGUUGUUCCUAACUUACUUAACUCGUGCUAAAGAGGGAGGCUCGGUCGGCUGGUGCCAACACAUGCCCAGAUAAAAAACACAACUGGAAUGUUGAUUAAGGUGUUUACAUGUCCUAAUAAUUCCAACGAUUGCUCAGAAAACCUGGUGUUUUAAUUGGCGUAUGCUUACUUUGAUUAUGACCGUACACCGAUUUUAAGAUAAACAGAGUAAGGUGUUUACAUUACUAAUACCAUACUCUAUCUUCUGCCAUAAUCAGUUUAAUAUCGACUUAUUUGUGUGCAUGUAAACAUACUCAUUGCCUCACAUUCCUACCUGCAGAAGGACCAAGCACACGGACAACCGGUAAAGUAAGUUAAAAUAUAAUUAUAUUCAACAUUAUAGCUUGUAGAGGUCGUGAGAGAGAACCUUCCUAAUCCAAACGCUCAUUUAUGCCGGAUGUGAAAUUCAAUGUCUGGUUUCUAGGCUGUGUGGGUGUGUUGUGUGACUGUGUUCAGAGAGUGAUUGGUAACUCUUGGUCCAACUAACCAUGGCAAAACCCCCCUCAGUUAGGCAUGAGAUUUGUCCAUAUGGGAGAAAAGUCACAUCAUAGAAAGUUAGAUUCAUAUGAAAUAUAAUUGUUGCAUAUUGUCCCUGUUCUGUAACAAUCAAAGGAGUUUGUAAAAAAAAACUGCAAGCUUUUGAUGAUCAAAUCAUUGUUGGAUUCUCUUUGUCUUGGCAGCAACAUUGCAGAGCUGUUUGAUGCUUGAAGUUCAAUAGCCAGUGUUUUUGUUAACAUGUUUUACUCCAGGCUGACAUCAGAAAGAGGACUUCCGGCUCUUCGCACCCUGUUUGACAACGUUCAUUUCAAAGGCAAAGGACACGAGGUAAAGCUAACAGCAGAUUCAAGUAUUGUCUGUUGAGCAGAUGGUAUGUUUUGCCUAUUUUAUUUUUUACUCAAAGUGAAAGGCAUCGAUUGCCAAAAGGUUACCCAGGUAACUCCCACAGUAGCUAAAGGGUGUGUUUUUGUGUGUGUUUUCCACCAGGCUGAGGACUUGCGGGUGCUGAUGCAGAGGAUGGAGAACUGGGCUCACAGGCUGUACCCCAAACUACAGUUUGAAGACUUCAUAGACAAACUGGAGACACUAGGCAGCAAGAAAGAAGUCCAGGUCAGACUGAUACACCCUCGUUGUUAUAAUCAACAUCCAGGUCAGACUGAUACACCCUCGUUGUUAUAAUCAACAUCCAGGUCAGACUGAUACACCCUCGUUGUUAUAAUCAACAUCCAGGUCAGACUGAUACACCCUCGUUGUUAUAAUCAACAUCCAGGUCAGACUGAUACACCCUCGUUGUUAUAAUCAACAUCCAGGUCAGACUGAUACACCCUCGUUGUUAUAAUCAACAUCCAGGUCAGAAUCAGACUGAUACACCCUCGUUGUUAUAAUCAACAUCCAGGUCAGACUGAUACACCCUCGUUGUUAUAAUCAACAUCCAGGUCAGACUGAUACACCCUCGUUGUUAUAAUCAACAUCCAGGUCAGACUGAUACACCCUCGUUGUUAUAAUCAACAUCCAGGUCAGACUGAUACACCCUCGUUGUUAUAAUCAACAUCCAGGUCAGACUGAUACACCCUCGUUGUUAUAAUCAACAUCCAGGUCAGACUGAUACACCCUCGUUGUUAUAAUCAACAUCCAGGUCAGACUGAUACACCCUCGUUGUUAUAAUCAACAUCCAGGUCAGACUGAUACACCCUCGUUGUUAUAAUCAACAUCCAGGUCAGACUGAUACACCCUCGUUGUUAUAAUCAACAUCCAGGUCAGACUGAUACACCCUCGUUGUUAUAAUCAACAUCCAGGUCAGACUGAUACACCCUCGUUGUUAUAAUCAAUAUCCAGGUCAGACUGAUACACCCUCGUUGUUAUAAUCAACAUCCAGGUCAGACUGAUACACCUCGUUGUUAUAAUCAACAUCCAGGUCAGACUGAUACACCCUCGUUGUUAUAAUCAACAUCCAGGUCAGACUGAUACACCCUCGUUGUUAUAAUCAACAUCCAGGUCAGACUGAUACUCCCUCGUUGUUAUAAUCAACAUCCAGGUCAGACUGAUACUCCCUCGUUGUUAUAAUCAACAUCCAGGUCAGACUGAUACACCCUCGUUGUUAUAAUCAAUAUCCUGAAGUGUGGUGGAGUCAGCAUGAAUGUAGGGUGGAAGUAGUAAGUAUGAUCAUCUGAAUUCUUGCUUUAUUUCUCAGACCUGUCUCAAGCGAAUACGGUUGGACAUGCCGUUAAUACAUGAAGACUUCAUAGGCAACGAUGGUAAGAAGAAAAUGUCACUAACUACAUUAGUGUUAGAAAAUAGUAGUAGUAGUAGUGUCUAGGGUAUAGAUAUGAGACAGCCCCAGAUUAAUAGUAGUAGUAGUAGUAGUGUCUAGGGUAUAGAUAUGAUGUAGUAUAGAGUGUAGGUAUGUUGAGUAGUAGUAGUAGUGUCUAGGGUAUAGAUAUGAUGUAGUAGUAGUAGUAGUGUCUAGGGGUAGAUAUGAUGUAGUAGUAGUAGUAGUGUCUAGGGGGUAGAUAUGAUGUAGUAGUAGUAGUAGUGUCUAGGGGUAGAUAUGAUGUAGUAGUAGUAGUGUCUAGGGUAUAUGAGUAGGUAGUAGUGCUAGGUGAUUGAGUAGUAGUAGUUAGUAAGUGUCUAGGGGGUAGAAUGAUGUAGUAUAGUUAGUAGGUAGAUAGUAGUAGUAGUGUCUAGGGUAUAGAUAUGAUGUAGUAGUAGUAGUAGUGUCUAGGGUUAGAUAUGAUGUAGUAGUAGUGUCUAGGGUAUAGAUAUGAUGUAGUAGUAGUAGUAGUGUCUAGGGUAUAGAUAUGAUGUGUAGUAGUAGUAGUGUCUAGGGUAUAGAUAUGAUGUAGUAGUAGUAGGAGUGUCUAGGGGUAGAUAUGAUGUAGUAGUAGUGUCUAGGGGUAGAUAUGAUGUAGUAGUAGUGUCUAGGGGUAGAUAUGAUGUAGUAGUAGUAGUUGUAGUGUCUAGGGGGUUGAUAUGAUGUAGUAGUAGUGUUAGGUAGUUGAUGUAGUGUAGUAGGGUUAGGUAGAUAUGAUGUAGUAGUAGUAGUAGUGUCUAGGGUAGAAUAUGAUAGUAGUAGUAGUGUCUAGGGGUAGAUAUGAUGUAGUAGUAGUAGUAGGUCUAGGGGUAUAGAUAUGAUGUAGUAGUAGUAGUGUCUAGGGGGUAGAUAUGAUGUAGUAGUAGUAGUAGUGUCUAGGAGAUAUGAUGUAGUAGUAUGUUAGGUGAUGAUGUAGUAGUAGUAGUGGUCUAGGGUAAUAAUGAUAUAUGUGUAGUAGUAGUAGUAGUAUUGUCUAGGGUAAUAGAUAAUGUAGUAGUCAGGUAGAUUAUGUUAGUAUGUCUAGGGUAUAGAUAUGAUUAGUAGUAGUAGUAGUAGUGUCUAGGGUGAUAGAUAGUGAAUGUAGGUAGUAGUAGUAGUUAGUAGUAGUGUUAGGGUGAGAUAUGAUGUAGUAGUGAGUAGUAGUGUCUAGGGUAGUAUGAUGUAGUAGGGUCUAGGGUAUAGAUAUGAUGUAGUAGUAGUGUAGUGUCUAGGGUAUAUAUGAUAGAGUGUCAGUAGAUAGUAGUAGUAUGUCUAGGGUUAGAUAUGAUGUAGUAGUAGUAGUAGUGUCUAGGGUAAAGUAGAUGUAUGAGUGUCUGGAUAGAUAGUAGUAGUAGUAGUGUCUAGGGUAGAUAUGAUGUAGUAGUAGUAGUAGUAGUGUCUAGGGUAUAGAUAUGAUGUAGUAGUAGUAGUGUCUAGGGUAUAGAUAUGAUGUAGUAGUAGUAGUAGUGUCUAGGGUAUAGAUAUGAUGUAGUAGUAGUAGUAGUGUCUAGGGUAAUAGGAUGUAUGAUGUAGUUAGUUAGAUGUAGUAGUGUCUAGGUAUGAUAUGAUGUAGUAGUGUAGUUAGUGUCUAGGGUAUAGUAGUAAUGUCGUAGUAGAUAUGUGUCUAGGGUAUGAUAUGAUGUAGUAGUAGUAGUAGUGUCUAGGGUAUAGAUAUGAUGUAGUAGUAGUAGUAGUAGUGUCUAGGGUAUAGAUAUGAUGUAGUAGUAGUGUCUAGGGUAUAGAUAUGAUGUAGUAGUAGUAGGUAGUGGUAGGGUCUAGGGUAUAGAUAUGAUGUAGUAGUAGUAGUAGUGUCUAGGGUAUAGAAUGAUUGAUGUAGUAGUGUAGUAGUAGAUGUAGGUGUCUAGGGUAUAGAUAUGAUGUAGUAGUAGUAGUGUAGGGUUAGGGGUAUAGAUAUGAUGUGUAGUAGUAGUAGUAGUGUCUAGGGGGUAGAUAUGAUGUAGUAGUAGUAUAGUGUCUAGGGGUAGAUAUGAUGUAGUAGUAGUGUCUAGAGUGAGGUUAGAUAUGAGGUAGAUAUGUAGUAGUAUAGUAAGGUCGGGUAUAGAUAUGAUGUAGUGAUAGUAGUGUCUAGGGUAUAGAUAUGUAGUGUAGGUAGUAGUUAGUGUCUAGGUAUGAAGAUUAGGAUGUGGAUAGUAGUAGUAGUCUAGGUUGAUAUGAUGUAGUAGUAGUAGUAGUAGUUCUAGGUAGAUAGUAGUAGUAGUAGUAGUCUAGGGUUAGUGAUAGUAUGUAUAUAGUAGUAGUAGUAUAGUGUCUAGGGUAAUAGAUAUGAGUAGUAGUAGUAGUAGUGUCUAGGGGUAUAGAUAUGAUGUUAGUAGUAGUAGUGUCUAGGGUAUAGAUAGUGAUGAGUAGUAUAGUAGUGCUAGGGUAUAGAUAUGAUUGUAGUAGUAUGAGUAGUAAGUGUCUAGGGAUAGAUAUGAUAGUGUAGUAGUAGUAGUGUCUAGGGUAUGAUAUGAUGUAUGUAGUAGAGUGUCUAGGGUAUGAUAUGUAGUAGUAUGUUAGUAGAUAGUUAGUAUAGUAUGAGUAGUAGUAGUGUUAGUGUCUAGGGUGUAUAGUAUGUAGUAGUAGUGUCUAGGGUAUAGAUAUGAUAGUAGUAGUAGUAGUGUCUAGGGUAGAUAUGAUGUAGUAGUAUGUUAUAGUUAGUAGUGUUAGGGUUAGUAGAUAUGAUGUAGUAGUAGUAGGUAUUAUAUGUCUGAGGGUAGUAGUAGAAGUAGUGUCUAGGUUAUAGAUGAGUAGUAGUAGUAGUGUCUAGGUAUAGAUAUGAUGUAGUAGUAGUGUCUAGUGUAUACUAUGAUGGUUAGUAGUAGUAUGUAUGUCAGGUAUGAUGAUGUAGUAUAGUAGUAGUGUCUAGGGUAUAGAUAUGAGUAGUAGUAGUUUAGGAUAGUGAGUAGUAGUAGUUGUCAGGGUAUAGAUUAUUAUGAGUAGUAGUAGUGUAGGUCUAGGUUAGAUAUGAUGUAGUAGUAGUAGUGUCUAGGGUUAGAUAUGGAUUAGAGUCAGGUAGAUAGUGUAGAGUAGUAGUGUCUAGGGUAGAUAUGAUGUAGUAGUAGUAGUUAGUGUAUAAAGGGUAGUAUUCAGGUAUAAUAUAGUAUAGUAUUAGUCUGGUGAUAGUUAGUUGUCAGGGUAUAUAUGAUGUAGUAUAGUGUCUAGGGUAUGAUAUGAUGUAGUAGUGUCUAGAGAUAUAGUAUAAGUGGUUCAGGUAAUAGAUGUAUGUAGAGUGUCAGGUAAUAUGUGAGAGUAGUAGGUGCUAGGGUAGAUAUAGUAUUGUCUAGUUGAUUAGUUAUAGUGUCAGGUAUGAUUGAUGUAUAGUAGUAGAGUAGUGUCUAGGGUAGAUAGGUAGUAGUGUGAUUCUAGUAUGAUAUGAAGUAGUAGUGUCUAGUAGAUGAGUAGUAGUGUGUCAGUUAGAUUAUGUAUGAGUUCGGUAUAGUAGAUGUCAGAUGAUGAUCAGGUACUAGAGUGGAGAGGGUCUGUAAGAUGAUUGUAGUUGGUUGAUAGUCAGUAGGUAGGUGUAUAUUUUCAGGUGAUGAGAGAGACGAGUAUAGGUCGUAAGAUGAGGUAGAGCAUAGAGUGGCUUAAGCGGAUAAUAGUUUUAGUUGUGAGGACGCGAUAAAAGUUGAUGUAACAGAGUAUUAGGGAGGAUAAUGACUCUGUCCAGGGGUAGAUAUGAUAUUCGGGAGGACUCAUAUUCCAGUCCAGGAGUACGUAUGAGAGUGGUCGUAUCAGACUGGGGUGGCCAUAGUCUUCGAGCGGUCGUCAAAGUAGGUGUCGUAUACAUAGUUUCUAGCUGGUAUUGACAGAGUAGAGCAUAGACGAAGUUAGGGGACGCUAGAAGUGUAUCUAGCGUAGGCAAAUAUAUAUAGUGUUGGGAUCUUAUAGUCGGAUCUUAUAUAUGUAUUUGGGUGCUGUGUAUAUGUGUGGUAGUCUAUACUGACGGGCUAACCUCAUGCUCCCAGUGACAGCAUCUACUCAGUCCCAGAUACCUCCAGUCCAGAGGACCGUAUAGAUAUUACUGUAGUAGUGGUCUGGGUACUAGAUAUAUUAGUAGUAGAUUUGUAUUGAUUUCUAUCAUGUCAUACUGAAUUUCUAGCAGUCAUGAACUGAAUUGUACCACUGAUUUACAAAAUGAGAUUUGGGAUUCAGCAUUAUAACUGACCCAUCUCCAUUGGUCCAGGUGGGAUUCAGCGUUAUAACUGACCCAUCUCCAUUGGUCCAGGUGGGAUUCAGCGUUAUAACUGACCCAUCUCCAUUGAUCCAGGUGAGGACGACGCAGUGGCAUCGAGUGACGGACGUGUCGUCAACCAUGACGACCCAGAACCGUUUGGAGACGGGGGUUUCGCUGAAAACCCCCCAGGACCGGCCCCCUCCCAGUUCCUCUCCUCUCAGGCUGGUCCGGUCCACUCCACCCCAGCCCCCUCCCAGUUCCUCUCCUCUCAGGCUGGUCCGGUCCACUCCACCCCAGCCCCCUCCCAGUUCCUCUCCUCUCAGGCUGGUCCGGUCCACUCCACCCCAGCCCCCUCCCUGACAGAGGAGCAGCAGAGACGUAUAGAACUGAACAAACAGCUAGCCUUAGAGAGGAGACUGGCCCGCGUGCAGCAACACACAGGUCAGACACUACAUCACACUUAGGCGGACAUUUUUGACAGUGCCAAAAAAAAUCUAAACUACCUGAGAUUGAGCAUGUUGGUGGGGAUCGUCCUGAUCAAGGUGCUGGGCACAAUCACUAAUCUUGAUCACAUGACUAGUUAUUUGGGAUGCUAGCUGUGUAGAUCAGUGAUUGUGCGCUGAGCCUCUCAAUCACGCUGACUAACUUCAUGUGCUGCAUUGUUGACAAUCCAAUAGAUACAUUUCCAUUUUACCCUUGAUGGAGGACAAUAAGGUUUUUCCCUCCCUCUCUCAGGUGGCUCCCAGGAGAUGACCUCCAGCCAGUCAGCAGACGGACCCUCUACCUCCCAGUCCCAGGAGAUGACCUCCAGCCAGUCAGCAGACGGACCCUCUACCUCCCAGUCCCAGGAAAUGACCUCCAGCCAGUCAGCAGACGGACCCUCUACCUCCCAGUCCACAGCAGAGACCUCCAGCCAGUCACAGACGGACCCCAGCCCAGUCCAGAGCAUGCCUCAGCCACCCAGGACAGACUCUACAACAGGUGACCCCAGCUAGAGACGGACCCUCCUCUCCUCCCGGUGACCUCCAGCCGUCAGCAGACGGACCUCCACAGCUCCGCCCUCUCACACCCCUUCCCAGCCAGCAGAGCAGGACGGAGGAUGAGACCGGACCAGGACCCGGCCGAGCAGGCAGACCACCCAGGACAGAGCUCUAAACACGGCUCCCCUGUGAGC